GGAAGGAUAUCAACGGGCAUCUCGUAAGUGGAAUGCUAAUCAGCUCAAGACCAUAUUGAAGGAACAACCCACUUAUCGCCCAAUUGAUUUUCAAAAGAAGCUUAAAAUGGAAUUUGGUUUGGACAUCCCUUAUCAUAGAAUUUGGUGGGGAAAAGAGCUAGCUCAACGUGAGUUGUAUGGUGAUACUAAAUUUUCAUAUGACCAACUCCGAUGGUAUAAGGAUAAAGUUAUAGAAACUAAUCCGGGAUCAAUUGUUCACCUAGAGCAUGAGGAUGGAAGAUUUACACGAGUAUUUGUGUCUUAUUAUGCUUGUUGGAAAGGGUUUAUGGAGGGAUGUAGACCAAUAUUGUUCUUGGAUGGUACACAUCUUUUUGAUAGGUAUAAAGGAACCUUACUUGCCGCAACUGCUCUAAAUGGAGAUGGUGGUAUGUUUCCCGUAGCAAUUUGCAUAUGCGGGACGGAAAAUGAGAGUAAUUGGGAAUGGUUUUUGGAAUGCAUUCGGGACAUCCUCUUCAAUGAUGAAGAUCCAUAUACUCCAGAUGAUGAACUGGUGUUAAUCUCUGAUAGGGACAAAGGACUUCAGAAUUCCGUGAAGAAAUGCUUUCCAUGGUCACAUCACUCUUAUUGUAUUCGUCAUCUCUUGGCUAAUUUUAAGAAUAACUUAUCGAAAAAAGGCAUUACACCACCUUUACGAGAUGAAUGUGUGCAAAUUAUGAAGAGGGCCGCUUAUGCAUACACUUCUCGUUCCUAUAACAAUGAAUGUAACGAGCUACGGCAUAAAUCAGAGAUCGCCUAUUGUGAAAUGUUGAGGAUGAGUCCAGAAAAUUGGGCUAAUUGUUAUUUUCCUGGGAAGAGAUAUGGAUGGUUGACAUCAAACGUAGCGGAGUCAUUCAAUGCUUGGAUCAAAGAAGCUCGUUAUUUGCCAAUUACCCAAACAAUUGAUAACAUUCGCAAGAAAAUGAUGAGGAUGAGUUUUGAAAGGCGGGAGGCAUCCCACAAGUGGACCACAACAUUUGUUCCCACUGUGGAAGAGCACCUUAUUCAGAUUAAUGAGCAAUCACGUUGUCUUUCUGCAAUUCCUUCUACUACCGGAAGGUACGAGGUGUAUGAUUUGCCCACCGUUGAAGUAGAUUUGAAUGAACGCACAUGCACUUGUCAUGAAUGGCAAGUAGUCGGGCUACCUUGCAAACAUGCGGCGACGGUUAUUCGGCAGAAUAUGGACACCCUUUACUCCUAUAUUUCCCACUACUUUAGUGUGGAGACAUACCGUAAAUGCUACUCCUUUCCGAUAUACCCAAUUCCUGAUGAUGACAAGCCAUAUAUAGAUGACGAAAAUAUGGUGAUUCGGCCACCGAAAACUUCAAUUCUUCGUGGAAGACCAAGGACGAAGCGCAUUCCUUCGGGAUUGAAUCCGGGCAAAGAGUUAAGAUGUAGUAGAUGUCAACAAUAUGGGCACAACCGUAGAACAUGUAGACAGCCUAUUGCAGACUAG